CAUGUCAUUAAAGCACCAUGUUCUCUUCACGCUCCAUUAUCCGUGCUGCGGCACCUCUUCGCUCCCAAACAGUGCGACAAGCUAUCCAGAAGCGCCUUGCACACGCCGAGGCCAAGCUCCCAGCUGGCGUUCAGGAUAACGUUUUCAACCGCGAACGUCAGGCCGUCAAGGACCAUGCGGCCGCUACCUCUGAUUUGUGGCGUAAACUUUCUAUCUAUGCUGUGAUCCCUUGCCUGAUCAUUUCCGGUGUCAACGCUUACAACCUCUGGAACGAGCAUUGGGAGCACUGGGCACACAGAGAGCCACUAGAGGAGCGCCCUGAGUACCCAUACCAGAACGUCCGCUCCAAGAACUACUUCUGGGGAAAUGGAGACAAGACUCUUUUCUGGAAUGACGCGGUUAACUACCACAAGCCCGCGGAAUAAGCUCGACUCUUUUUUGUUUUUUGAAGGAGCUGAAAUGGAAAAGUGACCACAUCAUGUGGCGAUGGCUCUGGAAAUAAUUGCGGACAGAGAACCUGUACAUUAUCUUGCAGUCUACAUAAACAAGUGAGCCGAGAACAGCGUCUUAUAUUCUAUAAACUUGAACCGUUAUACUGUACGUGAUAUUAUGAGGGGAAAGUGCAUAUUUGUAGUAAUAGCUGUUCUAGUUCUCUUUCGGCCUUUGAUUUGGUCCCAGAGC